CGGUUCUCGUACUUCCAUCACACGUCACUCAUCUCCCAACUCUCAAUCCUCAUCCGUACAUUCAUCGUUUACUUUUUCCUUUUUCAUCAUCUUCAUCUUUCUCUAUAUAUUUUCAACAUUUUCUUCUUUCUCUUUCACCAUAGUUCUUCUCUUCUCAACUAAGAAAAAAUGUAUGAAUUGCAACAGUUUGAGUUUCUUCACCAAGAUCAUCAAAUUACGAUGAAGAUGGAUGAUAUGAGAAGAAAGAAGAAGAAGGAGACAAAAAAAGCAUCUACGAAAGAAGAUAGGGCUCGUGUUGUUGACUUGAAUGGCAUGUCUUUGGACUCCCUUCCAAAAUUUUCCAUUGAUUUAGCUUUCAUUCGCAAUCUCAACUUGUCUAACAACAAUCUUCAGAACAUUCCAGAGUCGUUAACGGCGAGAUUACUGAAUUUGGAGAAGUUAGACGUGCACUCCAACCAGCUCAGAUCUCUUCCAAACUCCAUUGGUUGUCUCUCUAAGCUUCAAGUUUUGAAUGUUUCUGGAAACUUCAUCCAAUCUCUCCCUGCAACCAUUGAAAAUUGCAGAGCCUUAGAAGAAUUGAAUAUCAACUUCAACAUUCUGAGCAAGCUUCCAGACACAAUAGGCUUUGAGCUUAUAAAACUCAAGAAGCUUUCUGUCAACUCCAACAAGCUCGUCUUUCUUCCUAGCUCCACCUCUCACCUAAUGGCUCUUACCGUUCUCGACGUACGUUUGAACUGUCUCAGAAGUCUCCCGGACAACCUUGAGAACCUCAUCAAUCUUGAGACCCUGAAUGUUAGCCAGAAUUUUCGGUAUUUGGAGUCAUUGCCAUACUCUAUAGGACUCCUCUUGUCUCUGGUCGAACUAGACGUCAGCUACAACAAUAUCAAAACAUUGCCUGAUUCCAUUGGUUGCCUCCAGAAGCUUCAAAAGCUAAGUGUGGAAGGGAACCCGCUUGUUUCGCCUCCGCCGGAGGUGGUGGAGCAGGGUCUGCAUGUGGUGAAGGAGUAUAUGUGCCAUAAAAUGAACUCCGGCGAUAAAACGCCAACCAAGAAGAGAUGGUGGAAGGUUAAAUUAGGGACGUUUAACGGACACAUGAGAAGUGGGAAACAACUGAAACAUGAGGCUUUCAGCCCGCUUCAGUAUCAACCGAUGAAUGGCCUUGCGUCACCAGGCUUCAUGUGGAAGUUGUCGCCUCUUCGCCUUUUCUCACCCCGUCGUCGUUCCUUAAGUUAAGAUGCCACAAAAGGUUUUUGUAAAAUAUCUGCUAAAAUCAUUGCCUUUUAGUUUUAAUAGCUUUGUUAAUUUUGAAUGCCGACAAUCAGGAUAUGACUGCUAUGAAUGAGAAGAAUAAUUGUUGGAUAGUAUA